GCGCGCCCCGCACCCGAGGGCUGCGGAGAGAUAUUUUGGGUGGCAGGAGGCCCCUCGUCAUUUCCGCCGGGUAGCUAGUCGUGCCCGGAGCUUCACUCCCGCGCGCGAGGCGAGCGGACAAGUUGACUGCGGGCGUUUAGCGGUGGUUCCUUCCUUGCUGCGACCCUCGGCAGCUAGAGCCAUGAACUGAAGCUCCGCCGGAAAGAGACCCGAGAGGAGCUGCGGAGGCAGCAGCUGCAACCUCCGCCUCAGCCGGGACCGAGCAGACUCGGCACGGAGCCGCUACCUUACCGCGUUUCCCUCCCCGUCGCCGCUCCCACCGCGGCUGACGCCGAUCGGCUGAGACGUUAGCGCCUCGAGACCCCCACACAAAAGCCGCUUGCUCCACGCACACUGUCCGGGGAGGCUGCAGCCGGCCACAGACACCCACCUGAGGGCGGCUCAGGCUGCUUACUUCGUUUUGUAUCCCAGCUCCGCGCCCCACGCGGAACCGAUCCAGUGUCCAUGGCUCUGAUAAUGGAACCAGUGAGCAAAUGGUCUCCUAGUCAAGUAGUGGACUGGAUGAAAGGCCUUGAUGACUGUUUGCAACAGUAUAUUAAGAACUUUGAGAGGGAGAAGAUAAGUGGGGACCAGUUACUACGCAUUACACAUCAGGAACUAGAAGAUCUGGGAGUCAGCCGCAUUGGCCAUCAGGAGCUGAUCUUGGAGGCAGUUGACCUUCUGUGUGCACUGAAUUACGGCUUGGAAACAGAAAACCUAAAAACCCUUUCUCACAAGUUGAAUGCAUCGGCCAAAAAUCUACAGAACUUUAUAACAGGAAGGAGAAGGAGUGGCCAUUAUGAUGGAAGGACCAGCCGGAAAUUGCCAAAUGACUUUCUGACCUCGGUUGUGGAUCUGAUUGGAGCAGCUAAAAGUCUGCUUGCUUGGUUGGACAGGUCACCAUUUGCUGCUGUCACAGACUAUUCAGUUACAAGAAAUAAUGUCAUACAGCUCUGCUUGGAAUUAACAACAAUCGUCCAACAGGAUUGUACUGUUUAUGAAACAGAGAAUAAAAUUCUUCAUGUGUGUAAAACUCUUUCUGGAGUCUGUGACCACAUUAUAUCCCUGUCAUCGGAUCCUCUGGUUUCACAAUCUGCUCACCUAGAAGUGAUACAGUUGGCAAAUAUCAAACCAAGUGAAGGGCUGGGUAUGUAUAUUAAAUCUACAUAUGAUGGUCUCCACGUAAUUACUGGAACCACAGAAAAUUCACCUGCAGAUCGGUGCAAGAAAAUCCAUGCUGGUGAUGAAGUCAUUCAAGUUAAUCAUCAGACUGUGGUGGGGUGGCAGUUGAAAAAUUUGGUGAAUGCACUACGAGAGGACCCGAGUGGUGUUAUCUUAACUUUGAAAAAGCGACCUCAGAGCAUGCUUACCUCAGCACCAGCUUUACUGAAAAAUAUGAGAUGGAAGCCCCUUGCUCUGCAGCCUCUUAUACCUAGAAGUCCCACAAGCAGCGUUGCCACGCCUUCCAGCACCAUCAGUACACCCACCAAAAGAGAUAGUUCUGCUCUUCAGGAUCUCUACAUUCCCCCUCCUCCUGCAGAACCAUAUAUUCCCAGGGAUGAGAAAGGAAACCUUCCUUGUGAAGACCUCAGAGGACAUAUGGUGGGCAAGCCAGUGCAUAAGGGAUCUGAAUCACCAAAUUCAUUUCUGGAUCAGGAAUAUCGAAAGAGGUUUAACAUUGUCGAAGAAGAUACUGUCUUGUAUUGCUAUGAAUAUGAAAAAGGAAGAUCAAGUAGUCAAGGAAGACGAGAAAGUACCCCAACUUAUGGCAAGCUACGACCUAUAUCUAUGCCAGUGGAAUAUAAUUGGGUGGGGGACUAUGAAGAUCCAAAUAAGAUGAAGAGAGAUAGUAGAAGAGAAAACUCUCUACUUCGAUAUAUGAGCAAUGAAAAAAUUGCUCAAGAAGAAUACAUGUUUCAGAGAAACAGCAAAAAAGACACAGGGAAGAAGUCAAAAAAGAAGGGUGAUAAGAGUAAUAGUCCAACUCAUUACUCAUUGCUACCUAGUUUGCAAAUGGAUGCGUUGAGACAAGACAUCAUGGGUACACCUGUGCCAGAGACCACAUUAUACCAUACAUUUCAGCAGUCUUCUCUGCAGCACAAAUCAAAAAAGAAAAACAAAGGGCCUAUAGCAAGCAAAAGCAAAAGACGAAUUUCUUGCAAGGAUCUUGGCCGUGGCGACUGCGAAGGCUGGCUGUGGAAAAAGAAAGAUGCAAAGAGCUAUUUUUCACAGAAAUGGAAAAAAUACUGGUUUGUCCUAAAGGAUGCAUCCCUAUAUUGGUAUAUUAAUGAAGAGGAUGAAAAAGCAGAAGGAUUCAUCAGUCUGCCUGAAUUUAAAAUUGAUAGAGCCAGUGAAUGCCGCAAGAAAUAUGCAUUCAAAGCCUGUCAUCCUAAAAUCAAAAGUUUUUAUUUUGCUGCUGAACAUCUUGAUGAUAUGAACAGAUGGCUUAACAGAAUUAAUAUGCUGACUGCAGGAUAUGCAGAAAGAGAAAGGAUUAAGCAAGAACAAGAUUAUUGGAGUGAGAGUGACAAAGAAGAAGCAGAUACUCCAUCAACACCAAAACAAGACAGCCCUCCACCCCCUUAUGACACGUAUCCACGGCCUCCCUCUAUGAGUUGUGCCAGUCCUUAUGUAGAAGCAAAACACAACCGGCUUUCCUCCACAGAGACCUCUCAGUCUCAGUCUUCCCAUGAGGAGUUUCGCCAGGAAGUAACUGGGAGCAGUGCAGUGUCCCCCGUUCGCAAGACAGCCAGUCAGCGCCGCUCCUGGCAAGAUUUAAUUGAGACGCCUCUGACAAGUUCAGGCUUGCACUAUCUUCAGACUUUACCAUUGGAAGAUUCUGUCUUCUCUGACUCAGCGGUCAUAUCCCCAGAGCAUAGACGGCAGUCCACUCUUCCAACUCAGAAGUGCCACCUGCAGGAUCACUAUGGGCCAUAUCCCUUAGCAGAGAGUGAGAGAAUGCAAGUGCUAAAUGGCAAUGGGGGCAAGCCUCGAAGUUUUACUCUGCCUCGAGAUAGUGGGUUCAACCACUGCUGUCUGAAUGCGCCAAUUAGUGCCUGUGACCCACAGGAUGACAUACAGCCCCCAGAGGUGGAGGAAGAGGAGGAGGAGGAGGAAGGGGAGGCAGCAGGGGAAAACAUAGGAGAAAAAAAUGAAAGUAGGGAAGAAAAGUUAGGAGACUCAUUGCAAGAUUUAUACAGGGCACUGGAGGAAGCCAGUCUGUCACUGCUAGGAGAACAUCGCAUUUCAACCAAGAUGGAAUACAAGCUAUCAUUCAUAAAACGAUGCAAUGAUCCUGCAAUGAAUGAAAAACUACACAGGCUUAGAAUUCUCAAAAGCACUUUAAAGGCCAGAGAAGGGGAAAUAGCCAUUAUUGAUAAAGUUCUAGACAAUCCAGACUUGACAUCUAAGGAAUUCCAACAGUGGAAGCAGAUGUACCUUGACCUUUUCUUGGAUAUCUGUCAAAACACAACCUCAAAUGACCCAUUAAAUAUUUCUUCUGAAGUAGAUGUAAUCACUUCCUCUCUAACACACACACAUUCAUACAUUGAGACACAUGUGUAAGUGUAUUCUGCCUUCAGGCCAUCUAGAACCUGCUGGUAUGCUGAAAAAGUAUGUAACGUAGUUUUUAUAUCAUUGUGUGGAACACUUGACAAGUUAUACUUUAAUGUUACCAAACUAUAUAAAACAAAUCAUAUAUGAUCACAAUACCACUGUCUUUAAUGAGCAUUUGUAUAUUUUAUAUGCAGUCAGUGCUCAGCUUAUGUUUACCAUGUGCAAAAUCAACUAUCUUUAAUGACUUAAAUUAACUUUUGCAAACAAUUCUGAAUACAGGUGGUCUUCAAGUAAUAAAACCACAAAGAGGCAGUUUUCUAACUAAGGUCAUCUUUUCUCCCUUUAAGUUAAUUUUAUAUAAACAAGACUUCAAAAGUAAAUCACAUUUUUUCAGAUGCAGACAUCCUUGUGGUGGGAAAGAAUUUAAAUCUUUUUUAUAUUUAUUAAAAUGUUCUAAGAAUUUUCUUAAACAUUGCACAAAGUUUAAUGCUGUAGUUUUAUUUUUGUGAAAUGUAGGUGCAUAUACACGAGUUAAGCAAAAUAGAAAAGCAUUGACAUAAGAAAAGUUCAGGUAUCUAAUAUUCGUCUUAAUAGUCUAUUAACUUGUGAAAGCUGGUUAAUGGAAAUACUAUUCCAAAUCUAUGAGAACACUUAAUGGUGUAUCAGGGCAAAGCUUUGUAAGAUGUUUUUGUAACUAAGACCAAAAUUGAAGAUAGAGCUGCUUUAUUUUCUUGGUUUAAAUCUUCCUUUAUUUUUGUAGUGAUGAAAUGCUGAUUGUGUACAGAAGAAUUUAAGAAUGGAUUUUUUAAAACAAAUACACAAUUCACCCAGAAAGGCAGCUAACAGCCAUAUAUAUAAUUUCAGCCCAAACUCAUGUUUUUGAACUCUAAACUCUUAAAAGACAAAGUAUAAAGUGAGAACAAUACAUUUCUAGGUAGUUUCCAAUUUCCCCUGGUCUGUUAAACUUACAUAAUUUUAUACAUCAGGCAGGGAAGUCAAAUGCAUUUACUUAUAGCAGAUAUAUGUUAUAAUCCAGAAAACAAUAUUGAAAAUAAAACUGAACUUCUCUGCUAAGGAGCAAGAAGAUGGUAUUCACUCAGCGAUAUCACAAUGAAUUAUAUGAGAUAAACAAUUUAGCAGUUUUUCCUAGCAUCAUGAAUUGUUUAUAGAGUGGCUUAAAUCCAUGAAAAAGUCCUCUUCAUAUAUUUCCAUUUCUAAGUGUCUCGUUUUUGAAAGUGAUCACAGCAUGAAAAUGACUGUGCUGCUUUUUAGUGUCUGGCUGCAUAGUGUACAAGUCACAAUUUGCUGUAUUUUUCAGGAGGAAGGGUCCCUCCUUUACUAUUCUAUAUCAUAAAAUCUACUUCUAUUCAGCUUUAUACUGUUGCUUGUACAGCUCAGUGAAUGUACUUACAUCUUUAAGAGUUCAGAUAUAUGCCAGUGAAUAUUUUUGCUGUAGAGGAGAAAGUAAAAACUCCACAGUGGGGAUCAUUUUCUUUGCUUUUAAAACCACCAUUGAAACACUAUCGUUUUGCAGACUUUGCACAACUGUACAGGAGAGUGGCCUUUCUACAGCACAUUUUCAGUAAUCCUAUAUUUAGUCAAAAUGGAUGAGAAAUCAUGUAUUAAUGUUUGUAUGGAAUUUUGGGUCCAAGUGUAAUAUUUUUAUCAUUUAAAAAACCCUAUUUGUAAAAAAGAAACCAAACAUUUACUUACUGCAUGGAUAUUGACGCACAUUAAAUUUGUGGGAUUUUUGUAUAUGUAAAAACUAAGGAAAAAAAAACCUCUUGUCCUAAAAUGAAGUGUGCUUGUUACAGGUGUUUAGACAUAUUGAUGUUUACUAGACCAAAUGUGUAUGUUCACUUAAAAGUAUUUGUACCUGAUGGAUGUGUCAUGUAUACAGUGGCCAGAUUGUACCCCAUAAACAGCAAGCAAUGGAUGGGAAGACUAGCUCUAUUGCUGUUAAGCAGCUUCUCCUUUUGUAAAGUCAGCUAUUGUUUUACAUGGUAAAAAUUAAACUAAUGAAUUUUACAAGACUCGUGGCUAGCCUAGCAUGAAAGAGAUCUUUGAACACUAUAUAUCUGUACAUUUUAUUGCAUUAGUUUCAAAUCUAGGAGAGAGGCAGUACUGUAAACUUAAAUCAAAUAAAUUCAGCUCUUAAUGAA